AUGGCUGAGAAGCAGAAGCACGACGGGCGGGUGAAGAUCGGCCACUACGUGCUGGGCGACACGCUGGGCGUCGGCACCUUCGGCAAAGUGAAGAUUGGAGAGCAUCAGUUGACAGGCCAUAAAGUGGCAGUUAAAAUUUUAAAUAGACAGAAGAUUCGCAGUUUAGAUGUUGUUGGAAAAAUAAAGCGAGAAAUUCAAAAUCUAAAACUCUUUCGUCAUCCUCAUAUUAUCAAACUAUACCAGGUGAUCAGCACUCCAACAGACUUUUUUAUGGUAAUGGAAUAUGUGUCUGGUGGUGAAUUAUUUGACUACAUCUGUAAACAUGGACGGGUUGAAGAGAUGGAAGCUCGGAGGCUCUUUCAGCAGAUUCUGUCUGCCGUGGAUUACUGUCAUAGGCAUAUGGUUGUUCAUCGAGACCUGAAACCAGAGAAUGUGCUAUUGGACGCACAGAUGAAUGCCAAGAUAGCUGAUUUUGGAUUAUCUAACAUGAUGUCUGAUGGUGAAUUUCUGCGAACUAGCUGCGGAUCCCCAAAUUAUGCAGCACCUGAAGUCAUCUCAGGCAGGCUGUAUGCAGGUCCUGAAGUUGAUAUCUGGAGCUGUGGUGUUAUUUUGUAUGCUCUUCUUUGUGGCACCCUCCCAUUUGAUGAUGAGCAUGUGCCUACACUGUUUAAGAAGAUCCGAGGGGGUGUUUUUUACAUCCCAGAAUAUCUCAAUCGUUCUGUUGCCACUCUCCUGAUGCAUAUGCUGCAGGUUGAUCCCCUGAAACGAGCAACUAUCAAAGACAUCAGAGAGCAUGAAUGGUUUAAACAAGAUUUGCCCAGUUACUUAUUUCCUGAAGACCCCUCCUAUGAUGCUAACGUCAUUGAUGAUGAGGCUGUGAAAGAAGUGUGUGAAAAAUUUGAGUGUACAGAAUCAGAAGUAAUGAACAGUUUAUAUAGUGGUGACCCUCAAGACCAGCUUGCAGUGGCUUAUCAUCUUAUCAUUGACAAUCGGAGAAUAAUGAACCAAGCCAGUGAGUUCUACCUCGCCUCUAGUCCCCCAACUGGUUCUUUUAUGGAUGAUAGUACCAUGCAUAUUCCCCCAGGCCUGAAACCUCAUCCGGAAAGGAUGCCACCUCUUAUAGCAGACAGCCCUAAAGCACGAUGUCCACUGGAUGCACUGAAUACAACUAAGCCCAAAUCUUUAGCUGUGAAAAAAGCCAAGUGGCAUCUUGGAAUCCGAAGUCAAAGCAAACCAUAUGACAUUAUGGCUGAAGUUUACCGAGCUAUGAAGCAACUGGAUUUUGAAUGGAAGGUAGUGAAUGCAUACCAUCUACGUGUAAGAAGAAGAAAUCCAGUGACUGGCAAUUAUGUGAAAAUGAGCUUACAGCUGUACCUGGUUGACAAUAGAAGCUAUCUUUUGGACUUUAAAAGCAUUGAUGAUGAGGUGGUGGAGCAGAGGUCUGGUUCCUCAACGCCUCAGCGGUCCUGUUCUGCUGCUGGCUUACACAGACCACGGUCCAGUUUGGAUUCUGGAACUGCGGAGGGCCAUUCACUCCCUAGCUCUCUCAUGGGCUCCUUGACCGGAAGCAUGUCGUCCUCUGUCUCACCUCGCCUGGGCAGUCACACCAUGGAUUUUUUUGAAAUGUGUGCCAGUCUGAUCACUACUUUAGCACGCUGA